AUGCCCAAAAGUUGGGACUUUGUGCGAAAGUAUCAGCAAAUGAAGAGUCUGGAGGUGGAGGACAGUGCACAAUUAGACGCAGCUUUCCUCGUCUACAUGGAUCUAACUGAGGUGCGUCGGUGGAAAGAGGUGUCUUGUGUCAAGAGUCCAGAGCUGCAGGUGGUUUUGCUGGAGGGGAGGGAGAAGGAAGGAGCACCUGUCCAGACGAUUCUCCCGCUGCCGUCUCACCGAUCUCUGACACACAGAAGCAUCCGUAAGGUGCUGGACAGAGGCUUCCCCAUGCUGCUGUGUGCUGUAGCUUCUGACUCCACCCUGGUCUACCAGAGGAUGAGUGACGGGCUGGUGACACCGGACCCUCCUGCUGGACCCUUCAAGGAUUUGGGACGUCGGCAGCACCGGAAGAGACGGCAGAAGCCAUGAAGAUGCCUCGCUGUUGUUGGUGAAACACAGAGGAGCAGAAUGAGUCUGUCUGUCUGUCUGUCUGUCUGUCUGGGUGAGCUGCUCCAAAAAAAGCCAAAGGUGUACUGAGGACAUGGCAGUGGGUGCAAAUAAGCUGAACCACAGUGCUGUCAGGAAGAAACAACUAACUUCAUAUAACCAGUGAGGAUCAGCUCGGUGGUUGCUAACUUUUUGGCUCGCGACUCAUUAAAACCUUUGACCCACUGUCAGAAGUCUGACUGUGACAGAAUGCAAACCGGUCAUGUUUGACAGAUUUGUUCACACACUUUACAGUCUGUGGCUGGACGGCCUUCCUCAGCUAAAUGAGUUGGAUCACAGCGUAUCCACAUGCACAAACAUUUGCAUAUCGUCACACUGUUAAAAUAAUCGCCUAA